AUGGAGGAGAACCAAGAUAGUCGCACGCAAGCUGACCCAGAAGCAGCAAGAAGCGGAAGCAAUGCUGCCGAAGUGGUCAAUCCAGACACAAGCGACCGAAAGCGCGAUCAAAGCUCAAACCACGACCAGCUUUCCUCAGAGGACUUUGUCGAGCUGACGCGGAUCUCUCGCAAGAAGGACGAUAUCGAGCGCCACAUCGCCAGUCUGCAAAGCUGGCCGUCAUGGGAUCCGUUCAAGGAUGUGAACUCGUACUCAGCUGAUCCUGCAUCUCUGGCGAGCAGCAAGACGACAAUCGAUGCCAUCACGAGCCAACUUCGCGACCGCCAGACGGACUGCGACGGUCUGGAGCUCGAUGUGCAGCAAUUCAAUCUCGAGGACAUGAAGCGGCUGCGCUCGGUCGCAAAAGCCGUGUCAAAGCGCCACUUGUCCGGACCAGACACUGAUCUGUUGGAGCUGGCACUCGGCACCGUAUUUGCUUUGGACAAGCUUCUCCGUCUCUUGCGCGAGCGUCGUACGGAACACGACUUGACGGAUCUACGGCUGCAGUGGGAGGGCCUGAUCUGCUCAAGCUGGCACGAGGUUGUAGAAUUGCGUCGCGCCAUCGACGCCUUUGAACGCAGAUGCGAAGCUGCGACGGCUGCGCAGCCGAGUAUGAACGGUGCAUCGGCCGCCAGUGCUGGUCCGGGAGAACCCGAGAUCGCACACACGCAAGGAACAUCUGGCCUUCAACAGAUACCGAGGUCGGCAAGCUCGUCUUCCAGGCUACUUUCCGAGUCUCUGAAGCUCGAUUGCUCGCGUCUCGUGCUUCGCAUUCGAAGCUUCGAUGCCGAAAAAGUCCGACCCGCUGGAAGGCUGCUCGACCUCCUGAUCGAUCAAAUCCAGGUUCCAGAAGGACUGAUCGACGAACAAGAGAAGCUCGAAGAUGCGCUGCCUGAUCCUGCCAGUAUCGAGGCCAAGUCGUCGCAAGCCUUGUCCAGCCUUAGCCACGCUACCCACUCAGUACCACGAGCGCAGGACGCUAUAAAGUCGUUCGCCGUAGGGCCUGAAAGCGAGGAUCCCACCAGCGAAGAGGGCACCAGCGUCACCGAUGCGGCCUCAACAACGAGCUCGUUGGCUGAGCCCAGGAAGAUGCCGAACGACCGGGCGCGGAUCUUGAAGAAGACCGCUAUCCGCUCCCAGAAAAGCUCUCACCUUAGCUUGCCGAUGACACAUGCACGGCAUGCUUCGAACCACUAUCGCUCGGAUCCUCGAGAUGUGCUGGACGUCGCGGUAGGCAAUGUUGUCAAUCGCAUGCCGAUCUCGGUCUCGAUCAAGAAUGCAAAGCUGGUGGACUCGAUUGCGCAUCAACGUCCGGGCACCUUCAAAGACUUCAGCGGCCAGUACUGGAUCGGAGAACCCGAGCCGCGCCUCUGCUUUUGUCGGAUCCUUCCAUCCAAUUUGGUGAUGGUCCGCAUCGGAGGAGGAUGGCAAGAGCUGUCCGAGUUUCUCACGCACAACUACGCGCACCUUAAUCUGGAAGGCGUCCAAGAUGAUAUUGCGCUGGCACGCGGAACAAAUGGAAAGCAAGCAGCCAAGAUGACAUGGAUGCGCUCCGCCUCUGGUCCAGCGAGCUCACCCCGCGCCAGGACGCAGUCGUCCAUGGGACCGCUUCGACCAUACGCAGGGCCGGACUUAGACAAUGCGCGACACUCCUCGCGAAUCGUAACGAUGCCCACGGUGAGCACGAACGCCCAAGCGACACCUCAAAAUAUACCAAGCGGCCACCAUAUACCCAGUAUCACGCGACGCCCAGACCCUGUCGAACAGAGGGAUGGGAGCUUCUCGACUCCCUGCAAGAUAUCCGAUCUUGCCUCGAGCACUUCCGACUCGUCGAUCGUCAUUCACUCUUCGUCACCAUCGGCUUGA